AUGAAUGAUUAACUACUUGUAAUGACUGCACAAGAAUUUUCAUAGAUUUAUAAAGUAAGUCCAGCAAUUCAUUAUCACAAAGGAAGUUGAAUUCAAAUUAGAAAAAUUACACAAUAAGAAUAAUGCCAUCUAAUAAAAUCUUGAUGUUGAUAUCAUCAAUAGAGAAUUAUAUUAAAUGAUCAAAUAAGAAAUAGAUUAACUCUAAUUCUUUAUUGAAGAAAUAAAAGAUUAGAUGAAAUCACUUGAGAACAAUAUUAAUAGCAUUGAUUCUAAAAAUAAGUGAUGUAAUCUAUAUUCAUUUUAGGAUCAAAAGAUUGAAAGAUAAUUAUCUUAAAGAAACUUAACGAACCAAAGCUAUUACACGUAUCCUCAAUAAUAAAUCUUCAUUUUAAAGUGAUAAAUAAUCUGAAGAAGUGAGUAUUUUAAGUUAAUCUGAUACUGAAAGAUAACCUGUCUCUAUUCAUUAACUUUAAGAUCAAUUAACUAAUUUCUAAAAUAUUAAAGAAACUAAUUAAUAUUAAAACGGCACUGUUUAAAAUCAGGAUUCGCCAUCUAAUUCCAUGUUUUAAGAUAAUUAACAACAAAAUGAUCCAUCUUAAGGUUUGCUUAUUAAUAACGAUUAUGAAAAAUAAGAAAAAGGUGAACCAUAAUAAAAAGUUGAAGUUUAGGAAGAAGUUGAAGUAUAAGAAGAAAUCAAUAAUUAAGUUUACUUAAUUGUUCUAGUCAUUGUGAUCAUAAUUGCAGGUUUGAUUAUUUGGUUGCUUUAUGAAGAAGAUAUUCUGUGA